GGCCUCGGCAUCUCAUCUGGGUCUCCUGAAUCCCACCUAGAUCUGUGGUGAACUCUCAUCUAUCACAAUGAGCAAAAAAUUCCUGGGCACCUGGAAACUCGUCUCCAGUGAGCACUUUGAUGAUUACAUGAAAGCUCUGGGUGUGGGGUUAGCCACCAGAAAACUGGGAAAUUUGGCCAAACCCAGAGUGAUCAUCAGCAAGAAAGGGGAUAUUAUAACAAUACGAACUGAAAGUACCUUUAAAAAUACAGAAAUCUCCUUCAGGCUAGGCCAGGAAUUUGAAGAAACCACAGCUGACAAUAGGAAAACCAAGAGCAUUGUAACCCUGGAGAGAGGCUCAUUGAAUCAAGUGCAGAAAUGGGAUGGCAAAGAGACAACCAUAAAGAGGAAGUUGGUGGAUGGAAAAAUGGUAGUGGAAUGUAAGAUGAAGGGCGUGGUCUGCACCAGAAUCUAUGAGAAACUCUGAGAAAAUCAUUUCCUCAUUGGAGUGCUAUUCGAUCAUUUCAUGUUAGAAAUCAAUUUCUUCAAUUGGCAAGAUCUGACAACACUGCAGUUUGCUUGUUUGUUUGUUUUUGGUUUUGUUUUUAUGUCAGAUAGGCAAAGGCCUAAACUGAGGAUUAAUCUAAAAUUUAGUGUUAUCUAAACAUUUUCCAUUUGCGUGCAGGUCUUUCCUACAUUAAACGAUAUAUGUAUAUUGAUCAGAUCUAAAACAGUUGAUAAUGUCAUUUAAUUAACUGUGAAAUUCUAACCUAUGUUCUACUUUGUAUAUUUGAAAUAAUAAUAAGAAGGAAAGAAUUGGUUAAUGAAAGGAAGUAAAAGUAUUGAUCAGGGGCAGCAAAUUCAAAUGCCUUCAGGGGCCAGAAGAUUUAUGAGGAAGGAAGAUCAGAAAUGAGGCAAUUCAGGAGACAACACAGUUUUCAAUCAAGGAGUUCUAGUCUCAGCUAAAAGGGGCAAUCUUUACUCUACUCCAGCCAAUUUUUAAAAUUGAGGGGUAUUUUAUAGACAGUGAAAUGCACUAAUUUUAAGGGUAGAGUUCAAUCUGUUGUGACAAGUGCAUGCAUCCAUAUAACUUACACCUGAUAAAGAUACAAAACAUUUCCUUAAUCCCAGAAAGUUUUUCCAUGCCCCUUCCCAGUCAAUGUCCUGCCCUAACCCACCCCUACCAAAAGCCAGUAGCGAUUUGGUUUCUAUCACCAUAGAUUAGUUUUGCCCUUUUUAAAUUCAGCACAAUGUUUUUGAGAUUCAUCCAUUCUGUUACAUACAGCAGUAGUGUGUUCCUUUUCAAUGCUGAGCAAUAUUCAUUGUAGGAAUAUAGCACAGUUUAUUUAUCCAUUAUUUUGCUAACACAACUGGGCUGUUUUUAAUUUUUUGCUACUAUGAAUAAAACUGCUACAAACAUUCUUGCACAAGAC